AUGACACUCACAAAAGAUUAUCAAAAGGCUGCUCGCGAGGGGGGCUCGCCACGCUUUGAAAUCCACGAUGUACCAAGACCUGCGCUGAAGCCUUGGGAAGUCCUGGUCUCUCUCUCGGCCUCUGGUAUCUGUGGCACCGACGUAUCUCUGGCCUCUGGACACCUGGGCCCCUGCUGCGAUAUACUGGGUCACGAAGGCGUCGGCAAGAUCGAGGCCAUCGGAGCCGGUGUAGAUCCAACCAUUGCAAAGAUCGGCGACCGCGUAGGUAUCGCAUGGGUUCGAGACGCUUGCGGUGCUUGCGAGUAUUGCCUUAUCCCCGGCGGCGAGACGAGAUGUGUUGAGCAGUUGAAUUCGGGGAGAAAAAUUGAUGGCACAUUUGCAGAGUUUUGCACCGUACCUAGCAGGUACCUUCUCAAGCUGCCGGAUGAUCUGGCGGUUGCCGACGAACUAGUCGCACCGAUCUUGUGCGGAGGCGUCACGGCAUACAAGGCACUGAAAAGCUGCAACGCGACGCCGGGUUCGUGGGUGGCCAUAUCCGGAGCCGGCGGUGGUGUCGGUGCGCUGGCGAUACAAUACGCUAGAGCCAUGGGAUAUCGUGUCAUUGCUAUAGACGUGGGCACAAGCAAAGAAGAGUACUGCCGCUCUCUUGGUGCUGAAGUCUACUUGGAUGCCAAGAACGAUGUCGCAGCAGCAGUGUAUACGUCGACUAAAGGCACGAGAGCCAAGGCAGUCAUUGUGACUGCAGGCUCAGGCGCCGCUUAUCAGAGUGCUUUCGAUAUUGUCGCUGCCUUUGGAACCGUGGUUUGUGUUGGUAUACCGCCACCGCCUCAGACCAUGGCCCUCCAUCCUCUUCAGUUCAUCGACAAGGGCAUUUCCCUUAUCGGAUCCUUGACCGGGACGCGGACGGACACGUUGGAGGCUCUGGAGUUUGUCCAGAGAGGAGCAGUGAAACCGUCUGUCAAUAUCAUUUCAUUAAACGACCUGCCAGUUGUUGCAGAUCGUGUCGCCGAGACGACGGGAAAGUACGUCAUUCGUUUUGGCAAAGCGCAAAUAGCAACUCCUGUGCAGAGUAAUGGAGAUGUCUCCAGCAACAAUAACAUUUGA